CAAAACGCCAUCUGUGUACUGUACGACGAUGCAUCGAACGUCGAGAGGAGCACUUCUGCUACGGACGAAACUAGUCGUAGGAAUACCGCGCGGUCUUAAUUCUUGAAGAAAGUAAAAAAAAUUAUGAUGGCAAGCAAAGCUUGGAAGGUGGUCCAGCCGCACGUGCCGAUGAUCAAGUUUCGGAAGGGCGGCAUUAAUCCAGACACGACGGCCACUCCAUCUGCGAUAUUGUCAGGACCGUCUCAGAGACAGCGGAGCACGGGUCAAGCUACGGGCCCUGGGGUGAUUGUUCUGCCGACGAUUGAAGACACUAAUUUGCCGCCACGAUAUCAGAGACAGCCGAUAGAUGAAAAGGAAAUCGAAUAUAUUAAUCGUGGUGGACCAGAAUGAGCUCACAGCACAAAUAUUUAGGAUUUUGUAAAUCUAUGCAAUGUCAUAACUUAUAAAUUAAUUAACUAUGUUAUUGAUUGGUAAGACGCUUUGUUCAAAUAAAUAAACAUGCAGGAGAGACUUUGUACUGUAAA